AUGAAGACAGAGCGACCGAAGGCCAACUCCUUCAUGAUUCGCUGUCUCCAGUGGACCACGGUCAUAGAAAGGACCUUCUAUGUGGACACACCUGAGGACAGGGAGGACUGGCUGGGCUCCAUCCAGGGGGUGGCGGCCAAACUGCAGAGAUCAGAGGAGCAGGAGGAGGCAGAGGAGGACCGGAGCGAGCCUCACCUCAACCACCCCAGAGACAAAGUGUCCAUGCUGGACUUUGAGUACCUGCGCCUGCUGGGGAGGGGGUCGUUCGGGAAGGUGAUCCUGGUGAAGGAGACGUCCACGGGGAGGUACUACGCCAUGAAGAUCCUCCGCAAGGAGGUCAUCGUCACCAAGGAUGAAGUGGCUCACACACUGACGGAGAACAGAGUGCUGCAGACGUCCCGACACCCCUUCCUCACCGUGUUGCGGUACUCCUUCCAGACCCACGACAGGCUGUGUUUCGUCAUGGAGUACGCCAACGGAGGGGAGCUUUUUUUCCAUCUCUCGAGGGAGCGCGUGUUCUCGGAGGAAAGAGCUCGUUUCUACGGAGCAGAGAUCGUCUCCGCUCUCGACUACCUGCACUCUGUCAAAAAUGUUGUCUACAGAGACCUAAAGCUGGAGAACCUGAUGCUGGAUAGAGAAGGCCAUGUUAAGAUCACUGACUUCGGCCUCUGUAAGGAGGGCGUCACAGACGACGUCCCCAUGACUACCUUCUGCGGAACCCCUGAAUACCUAGCGCCAGAGGUGUUGGAGGACAGUGACUACGGCCGGGCGGUGGACUGGUGGGGUCUGGGCGUGGUGAUGUAUGAGAUGAUGUGCGGCCGGCUGCCGUUCUACAGCCACGACCACGAGGCGCUGUUCUCCCUCAUCCUGACCGAGGAGGUCCGCCUACCCUCCACGCUGAGCCAGGCCGCCCGCCGCCUCCUGGCCGGCCUGCUGAGGAAGGACCCCAAGGCCCGGCUGGGCGGUGGUCCCGGGGACGCCAAGGAGGUCAUGAAGCACCAGUUCUUCACGGGGGUCCGGUGGGAGGAGGUUUUUCUCAAGAAGCUGACUCCGCCCUUCAAGCCCCAGGUGACCUCAGAGAUGGACACACGCUAUUUUGACAUGGAGUUUACCGGUCAGGCCAUAACCAUCACCCCACCCGGACACGACCGAGUGCUGGAGAUGUUGGAUGGCGAUGACGGGCCCAGCUUCCCCCACUUCUCCUACACGGCCAGUGGGACGUCCUAGCGCGACAGGCUCCCGUCACGAAUGUGAUGACAUCACGUGUCUGCGAGGUGAUGACAUCACAUAUCUGUGCCAAGGCUUGAUUUUGUUCUCAUCGUAGUGUGGUCCUACUGUACGUGUGGCGUGGUCUACUUAAGUUUAGGCAGUCCAGUUUGAUAUUGGUAAUAAAAUGUUUUUCAUACUCAAAUCAAGGUGGUUUCAAUGAUUAAAUAACGUUUUGAAUCAACAGGUUACGAAUUGGUGUUCCUAUUUGAAGCACUUCACACACAUGGUCGGCUAUUAACGAUUUCAUCCUGACUGAAUUCAGGUACAGGUUAAUGGUAUACUGUAUGUAUAAAUAUAAAGCUGUCGUAGGGUACCGUAGUCAGGCAGUCCAUCAAGGUUUUAUGUUUUAUUUUAUCUCACAUACAUUGUACAUGAAGACCAACACAAUAGCAAUACAAACAUGACUAUGAUACAAGCCUGUAACACUGGGCAUAGCUACCCAAAACACUGUCCUCUAGCCUCAUCCUACCUCUUUGACCAAACCCUGACAAAAGCCAGGCUUGAAUAGUCCAUUCAUUACCCACCCUUACGGCACAACAAAACACAUUACAACCAUUGCAAUCACAUACUUUAAAACGCAGCUGUUCUAAAUAACACAUCAUUUAAAGAUAAUAUAACUCACUACACAUCAAAGUCUGCAAUGAGCUACAUAUCACAGCCAUAAUUCAGAGAUGAAAUACCACUUUAACUUGUGAGAUCCUGUGAUAUAAAUACUGUGCCUCUAAUGCAGACUUGCCCUUUAAAGCGGGGGCGCUGUGGUGAGUGUAAAAGAAUGUUGACCGUUGUGACAUUACUGAUCACUGCCAGUGUCUGGAUAUGAAUAACGAAAUCCAGAUGAACCCAAAUGAUCCUGGCUGCCAAUACUAUAGUCAAGGUGUUCCAACUCGAACUGUAUAUUGUGCUCCAAAUACUAAUUAAAAAUGUAAGUCUAAAAAUCUUUGACGCGUGAUUU